CAACAACACAAACAAACACAAACAAAACCCCCCUCUCUCCAUCACACCACCAACACACACUACUACACACACACACUAAAACAGAUACGUACAACCUUUAGAUAUAGAGAGAGAAAAAAUAAAAUGAGAGAGAGGGGUUUGGGGGAGGGGGUGAGUAUAGUAGUUAUGGAGUGAAUGAUGGAAGGGGUGGCCAUGUUAAGGCAACUUAUUGGACAAUUGCAAGAGGUUCUUGAACUCUACGGUUCUCCUCCUCCUACGGUUCCUUCCAAUUACUUCAUCCAAUUUCAACCUCAACCGCAACAACCCUCAUCAGAACAGCUGCUACCUCUCAGAUGGUGUUAUUUUAAUCUCGAAGGUAGUUCCUUACAAGACAGCUGCUACAACAUAAUAAUGACCGCCGGUAAAUCCGAAAACCUGAAAAUGCUCGAACCCGGAAAACCUCCGCCUACAAAGAAAGCUCGAAAGGGCCGAGGGAAAACCACUCUUACUACAACCUCAAACUCAGACGACAACAUGGAACAGCAAAUCUGGCAAGAAUUCCCACAAGACCUCUUUGAAGCCGUAAUAGCAAGACUCCCAAUCGCAGCAUUCUUCCGCUUCCGCUCCGUUUGCCGAACCUGGAACUCAUUGCUCAAUUCCCAGAGCUUCUCCAACCAAUGCUCUCGAGUCAAACAGAGUCAACCAUGGUUCUACACAAUCACCCACGAGAACGUCAACACAGGAGCAAUGUACGAUCCAUCGUCCAACAAAUGGCACCAUCCAACGGUCCCCGCUCUGCCAACUAAGCAGAUCGUCUUGCCCGUGGCAUCUGCCGGCGGCCUCAUCUGCUUCCUCGACAUCGGCCACCGAAGCUUCUAUGUCUGCAACCCUCUAACCAGGUCGUUCAAGGAGCUGCCACCUAGGUCCGUCAAAGUCUGGUCACGCGUGGCUGUCGGUAUGACAAAAUCGGCCACGUCAGCGUACAAGAUUCUCUGGGUUGGCUGCGACGGCGAGUACGAAGUCUACGACUCGGAAAAGAACAUGUGGGGCCGGCCCGGGAAUAUUCCGGGGAAUAUCAAGAUUCCGCUUUCGAUCAACUUCCGGUCGCAGGUGGUGUCGGUCGGUAAAACGGUCUACUUGAUGCGUUCGGACCCGGAAGGAAUACUAUCCUACGAUAUGGAGAAUGGGGUUUGGGGGCAGGAUGUGAUUCCGGUGCCGCCGCACGUGACUGACCAGGUGCUGGCGGAGGGGGGCGGCGGCAGGGUGGUGAUGGUGGGGCUGGUGACGAAGAAUGCGGCGACGUGCGUGUGCAUAUGGGAGCUGCAGAGGAUGACUAUGCUGUGGAAGGAGGUCGACAGAAUGCCAAACGUAUGGUGCUUGGAGUUUUACGGGAAGCACGUUAGAAUGAAUUGCCUGGGUAAUAAGGGUUUGCUGAUGCUGUCUUUGAGAUCGAGGCAGAUGAAUCGGUUGGUUACUUAUGAUUUGGAGAGCGGCGAGUGGCUGAAAGUGCCGGGGUGUGUGCUCCCGCGCGGGAGGAAGAGGCAGUGGAUUGCAUGCGGCACCGCCUUUCAUCCUUGUUUGACCGCCUUGGCUUAAAAAGUCUUUUUACGCGUCUGCCGAUCGAUUUUUUUUUUCUUUGUAUGGUGGCUGACUAUCUGGAGGUAAAAACUAAAGACUUUUUUUUUUCUUUUUUUUUUUUGGGGUAUGGUGUAUAAUAGUGGAAUGUUUAAAUCUGUAUUUCCCAGGAACGAGUUGAUGGCUUCUAGUUUUUCUAUUUAGCUGGGCUUGUGAAGGAUGUAUUAUCUAUUAUUAAUUAUUAUUAAUAUUAUUAUUAUCUAA